CCGUAGGGUUUUCAUUUCCGUCGACUAAUUGAUUCAUUCAUCAUGUCGUCGGAGUCUGAAAUCCCGCCGUCGUCAUCAACCACCGCGCCGGAGGAAUCUGGAGAGAAGAUUAGCAAGAAAGCGGCUAAGAAGGAAGCUGCGAAGCUAGAGAAGUUACGUCGUCGGCAGGAACAAGAUGAAGCAACGCGUAAGACAGCUUCGAUGUCUCUCGAAGAAAACGAAGAGUAUUCCAGUAACUACGGCGACGUGACUCUCAACGAGUUGCAAUCGACGGCGGAUCCGAAAGCUGGAAAAUGGAGAGAGGCUGUUGAGGGAAAAGAUUGGACCGAUGUGAGCGAUUUGGUGGAAGAGAUGGUGGAAUCAGAGGUUCUGAUCAGAGGCCGAGUGCACAUUAAUCGUCCAACGUCUAGCAAAUUGGGGUUUUUGAUCUUGAGGGAAAGUGGAUCAACUGUUCAGUGCGUGGUUCGCCAAUCGGAGAAGACCAAAGUGGGUGCCAACAUGGUUAAAUACUCGGAGCAGCUGAGUCGCGAAUCUUUUGUCGAUGUUAUCGGUGUCGUCGUUCUUCCCAAGGAGCCUCUGACGGGAACUACGCAGCAGGUUGAGAUUCAAGUGAGAAAAGUGUACUGCAUCAACAAAGCCUUGGCAAAGUUACCACUUAGUGUCGAGGAUGCUGCUCGGAGUGAAGCAGAUAUCGAAAAAUCUCUUCAGACUGAAAAGCCAGCUGCUCGUGUCAAUCAGGAUACACGUUUGAAUCAUAGGGUGCUCGACCUCAGAACACCAGCUAAUCAAGCCAUCUUCCGACUUCAGUGCCAAGUCGAAAAUUCUUUCAGAGAAAAAUUGAUAUUCAAGGAUUUUGUUGGAAUCCACACACCAAAACUGAUGGCUGGUAGUAGUGAAGGAGGUUCUGCUGUAUUUAGAUUGGAAUACAAAGGGCAGCCUGCUUGUCUAGCCCAGUCUCCUCAGCUUCACAAGCAAAUGGCAAUAUGUGGUGACUUGCGACGCGUCUUUGAGGUAGGUCCUGUUUUCAGGGCAGAAGACUCGUUCACUCAUAGACACUUGUGUGAAUUCGUUGGUCUUGAUGUGGAGAUGGAGAUUCGGAAACACUAUUCUGAGAUAAUGGACCUUGUGGACGAGUUAUUUGUGUUUAUAUUCACUAGCUUGAACGAAAAGUGCAAAAAGGAACUGGAAGCUGUUAGAAAGCAAUACCCAUUUGAACCUUUGAAGUUUCUACCAAAAACAUUGAGGCUAACGUUUGAAGAAGGGGUUCAAAUGCUUAAGGAAGCUGGUGUGGAGGUUGAUCCUCUUGGCGAUCUGAACACUGAAUCUGAGAGAAAACUCGGCCAGCUUGUAUUGGAAAAGUACAACACUGAGUUCUAUAUUCUGCAUCGGUAUCCUAAGGCAGUUAGGCCGUUCUACACAAUGACUUGUGCCGAUAAUCCUCUUUACAGCAACUCUUUUGAUGUCUUCAUCAGAGGUGAGGAGAUCAUAUCAGGAGCUCAGCGUGUCCAUAUCCCAGAAAUCUUGGAGCAACGUGCAGGGGAAUUCGGCAUUGAUGUCAAGACAAUAUCCACAUACAUUGAUUCAUUCAGGUACGGUGCACCUCCACACGGUGGAUUUGGAGUGGGGCUGGAGCGAGUGGUGAUGCUUUUCUGUGGACUGAACAACAUCCGGAAAACAUCCCUCUUCCCUCGUGACCCUCAAAGGCUUGCACCCUAAUAUCUUUUCAACUAAAAGCUAAUGAGUGAAUAAUUGUCAGACUCCACAAAUUUUUCUCAUGAAGCUUUUAGAGAUUUUUACUCUCGUCCUUAUGUACAAGUGAAUCUUGAUUUUUGUUGUGUGAUGCUUAUGUUACUUUCACUGAGCCUUUCUACUGAUAUCGAGUCUUUUAUCUGAACAA